ACUACACAGACUGCUCCCUUUCAGUUUAUAUCAGAGAACCCAAUGGAGUCUUUUGAAGAACCUGGUUAUAUUGGUAGGGAGAACUUAUUAGAAGUUCCUACUUUAAGUGAUUGUUUUUCUGAAGAAGAAGAUGUUAAAGCUACACAUCAGCAUCGUUUUUCCCCUGGUCCCCGAAGGCGGAAUUCAGAUACUUCUGAAGAAAUGGAAACAGAAAUCCCCUCAACUAUUGCAAGAAAAGUUUCAUUUGCUGAUGCAUUUGGUUUUAAUCUUGUAUCUGUUAAGGAGUUUGAUAGCUGGGAUAAUCCAAUUACACAGGCCAGUGAUGAUUUAGAAGAUGAAGAUGUGCCUGUGGAAGAAUUCUAUUUAACUCCACUGUUUCUAAUUCCCACUACACAAGAGGAACUUUUGCAAUCUGUGCGUGCACAUAAAAUAUGUCUAGAAUUUGUAGAGUUUCUUCCAGGCAUAAUAUGUAUGAAGGGCAUAAUUCGUGUUCUGAAUAUAUCCUUUCAGAAGUUGGUUUAUGUUCGAAUGUCUUUGGACAACUGGCUAACCUAUUAUGACAUCUUAGCAGAAUAUGUGCCAAAUUCUUGUGAUGGUGAGACUGACCAAUUCUUAUUCAAGAUUUCAUUGGUUCCUCCUUAUCAAAAAGAAGGUGCUAAAGUUGAAUUUUGCAUACGAUAUGAGACAUCUGUGGGAAUAUUUUGGUCAAACAAUAACAAUAAAAAUUAUAUUUUGAUUUGCCAUAAAAAGGGAACUGCAUCAUCAUUGGAGGAUAAUAGUCUUCAAGAAGUUACAAAUAAACAUAUCAAAGGCUGCUUAAAGACAACACUGAACAGUAAAGAGGAAACAUUGACAACGGCUGAUAAAGACAUUUGGAUUAAUCCCAGAAUCUCAGCUUCAGACAUCCCUCAAAUCAUUUAUUCGCAUGUGGAUAAUGAAAAGAAACACAGAAAAGAAAAUGAAGAAGAAAAAAAUGAUGACUGUAAUGAAGAUGACAAAGAAAAUGAGAAAGAAUUGGAGUUGCUGCUAAGUCAACACUUCACUAGAAGCAGAAGUUCUAUGAAUGAAAGGAGUUCCUAUGCAACUGAGCCAAUUAGAUUUCCAAAUGAACCACAACAACUGGGGGACAAACUAGAGUCUGGCUUGAUUAGACAACCUCUGACUAAAAGCUCUUCAACAGAACAUGCUUUACAAGAUAAAGAACUGCAGAAUAAUAAAACAUAUUCCACUGGAAAUUAUAGGCAGUUAUUAUUGCCAGAAAAAUGCAGUGAGGACUCACUAAACAAAACUGUAGAGUCUUUAGAGAGUUUGAAUCCAAAAGAAACCUAUGUCUCACCAGAAUAUUGGUCUGAAUUCAAGAAAAACCAGACUGCCUAUAUUGCAGACAUUGUCUCAAGCACUUGUGGAAUGCAUCAAGCAGAUGUUCCAAGUGAUGAAUUUAAUAAUGUCCCAGGAAUUAAAACAAUAGAGACAUUAUUCAUAGGUGAGGAUGAUUAUAACCUCAAAAAAUCAAGGGAGACAAGUUCCUUAGAAGAUGAUGAAGCAGGGAAGUUAAAAAAAAAUGCAUUGAAAAGAAAGGAUAAUAAUAUCAAGGCAGUUCAGAAACAACUUAAGCAGGAAAUAGCUUUCCAAAUUCCCAAGUUAAAUUCAAAAAACCUCAUCAAACAUGAACCCCAAAGAGAAAACAUUGAAAGCAAAAACCAAUUAUGUGUAAACAGAGGUUUAAAUAGUGAUGUAAUAGCUAAUGCUGAUGUCACAGAAAAUUAUUUGAUAAGGUCUCAUUCAAAAGACAUUGUAGAAGAAAAAUAUAACUCUGAGUAUAAUGUUGAUAAGGAGAAAGAAAUCAUGCUGAGAAUUUUAGAGAACACUUCAGAAAAACAAAUCUGUCUUAUCAACAAAUAUAGAAAACAUGUCUCGUGUGACAAUUAUGAAAUCAACCGUCUAGCUAAGUCACCUCAAAGGGAAGAAAUAAUGACUUCCAGUGUCCCAGAUGAAAUAAAAGAAGAGCAAAUGCCAAAAUCAAUAGGGUUUCCAUAUCUAAGGGACAGUGGAAACUCAGAUAAAAAUAAAUCAGAAAGCAUUAUAGAGGAGUCAAAUCAUGACUCAAAAAGGGGAGAAAUUGAAAUCCCUGAGAAAGUUCAUAAUACACUUUGGGAAAGUCAGUCCCAUGUUGUACCACCAACUGAUGAAAAUAUCUUUAUGAAAUCUAUAUUAAUAAGCAUAAAGGAAAUGUCUGAUAGCAGAAACAACUUAGAAAAAAGGAAGUACAGUCAGAGUGAUGAUCCUGCCAACAGAAAUAUUUCUGAGAUAGAAUGCUGCCAAAGUGAACCUGACAUGGUUAUUCUUAAAGAUCAGAAUAUCUGGGACAGAUCUAUCAUUCAAAGGUGGAGUGGUUCAGAAAGUCAGUUGGUAGAAAGGCAAAGUGAAACAAAUAAAAGAGUGCAGAUGAAGGAACUAACAGGAGUUGAAGCCAUGGGGGGUAUUAAUGAUAAUACAAGAUGUUUGAAAGUAAGUCCCACAGAUGAACUGUUUACUUGCCAAGGCACACUAAGAUAUGAAGAUACUUCAGUCACUAAGCAUGAUAGUACAGGAGAAGCAGAAGCAGUUACAGCUGCUUGUAUAAUUAAAAUGACAUCAGAAAGUACUCCUGAAAAAAUGUCUGCUGGUGAAAAAGCAGUAAUUGUUAAGCUACCCCAAGCGACGGUACUAAGUGACAGGCCCACAGAGAAAAAGGAAAUGGUAUUUGAUAUACAUGAAGGAAGAAAUGAUGGGUCAUAUUAUCCUCUUUGUCAAUGCAAUAGAGAGGGUGUAUUAUGUGACACCAAAUUUGGAAUAUCUUCUUCAGGUAUUAAUAAUGUGCCCACAUAUGAAACAGUACAUAUGGAAAUGAUUUCAAUACAUGAAACAAAUGAAAUGCUUGCCAAAGCAGAACAUAAUUCUGUAAAUAAUUUACCAUCCACUGAAAUAUUUUGUCCUUUUUCAGCAGAAGGAAAAAUUGUUUCUGAACAAGGUGUGCAUUGUGAAGUACCACUGAAACAUUCAGAACAUUCUUCGCAAGGCUUACACAAUAAUGAAGCUGAAGAAGGAAACACCUGGAGUUCAUUUUCUUACAUAGGUCCCACAACUGAACCAAAAAUAUGCAGUUUGGAUAAAAAAUUGGUGGGAAGCUGUUAUGAAAACUCCUCAGUGAUAUGUCCCAAAGGAUUUGUAGGGUCUCAUACUACUAAAGUAGAAGAGGUGUUGCCUCCACCCACAGAUGCUUCAACUGAAAUUGCAGCUCAUUCUGGAUAUAACUUCAAUCCAAAAGGUGAAAUAACUCAUGUUAUUCUAAAUAUCACUAAACCCCAAGAAUUUCCUCCUAGUGAGAAUAGAGAAGGAAACAUAGGUCACUUUUCCCAUCAAACAGAGUUCAGUCCAGAAAAACAAAUAAGGCCCACUAUUUUAAUAAGGGAACCGAUUGAAGAAAGAAAAGAAACAAGCUUAGAUUCGAAAGGUUUAAUAACUGAAAAGAAAAUGAAUAUUGUCAGACAUGAUAAGCAGGCUUUUUUUGAUCAUACAGGAAUUUCUGGCCAGCAAAAUGAAGCUUAUAAUUCACCUGCUGAGUAUCUUGUGUUAAAGCAUAUUGCUUACAAGAUACUUUAUUUCCUUUUGUUCAUUGUAUUUUGUGUAACAUUGUAUCAUUAUGAUUUAAUUGUCUGCUUUGCACUCUACUUAUUUUCAUUGUACUGGCUAUAUUGUGAUGGUAGGAGAAACAAAAACUCCAUCAAAAAGGAGUAGUAUGAAUAUUCCACAUUGUAUUUAGAAUUUAUUAUCUGAAUGUCUAUGGAGAUUCUCAGUAAUCCAGGUCAUGGUUGUCUCAAAGGUGCUUUUUUCACGAGGCAACUGGACUUUCUUGUUUUUCUUCUUCUUCAUCGUGAGAAGCGGAACAUCCUCAAAGAAAAACAAGAAAGUCCAGUUGCCUUGUGAAAAAAGCAUCUUUGGGACAAUUUAUUAUCUGCAUGUCCCAAAGAGUAACAAUGUCUAUUCUUAAAACCAGAAUUAAACUCCUUUCCUCUUUUCACAUAUUGCUUAAAAAGAAUGCACAUGGAAUGCAUAUGUAAUGCAUAUGCAUUCUAUACAGGACCAUUCUGUUUGGAACAUUAAGUAUCUAUACGAAUCAAGAGUUCUGCAGCAUAUCAACUUAUAUUAAAUCUAGCUGCUCUUUCUUAACCCAUUAUGAAGGUGUGAAGCUCCAGUCUCUUUGGAUUUGAUCAUAUUUAUUUAUUUUGUAGUAUAGUCUCAUUUUCUGUGAAUUUUAAAAAAUAUAAAUAUAUUUAAUAAUAUAAAUUAAACACUUUAUUUUUUAAAGAAGAAGGAACAUGGCAACUGGGCCUGUUAAUAUAAGAGUUUCCUUUGCUAAACAGUUGGCAAUUAACAUCACAAUGGAAGGAUGAGAAGAAGCACUCUCCUUAUUCUUCAGCAUAAGUGGCCUAAGAAUGUUCAUAUUUCUUUAUAUGAACUAUGCACUUGUGUGCCUCCCAUUUUUUUUCUAUUCUGCCAUUUGAAGAUAUUCAAUUUUUAAGAUUUAGCGACCUAAAUCUAAGCUCUCCUUCCUAUUUAAACUCUGUUAUUUGACCAUAUUCUUAAUAUAUUAAUAUUAAUCAUGGGCACAAUAUACUGAAAUUUUGAUUUAUGCAUGAAUCAGUACAAUCAGUGAGAACUAUAAAUCAUAAGGAAUGUACUUCACUUGCUAAAUUUAUUAAAUCUUAUUGUCCAUCUUCCGCAAACUGGCUCCUUCCAGAUACACUGGAUUUACAAAUUCUUAGCUAAUAUGACCAAAGGCUGGCUAGAAAUUCUACAAAGCACCAAGUUGGGAAAUGCUGAUUUACUCCUCUAAUUUGUGGAUGAGUGAAAGAACUCUGAUACAGAUUUCACGAUCUGCUUUUUUUUUCAAGGUAAUGAGCUAUAUAAUGAAUAACAUUAAUAUCAGCACUCUGUCAGCUGUAGAAUGCAAAGUAAUUGUAAUGUAUGUGUAAAAAAUAUAAAAUUAAGCAAGAAAACCAGGCUCCCAUUCUUAUCACAGAAUUAAUAGAGACUGAUACACACUAAAGGACACAAACUGGAGCCUUGCUUUUUCAUUUGUUUGUAUUUUUGUAAAUGAAGACUGUGUGAUUUUCUCUCCCCCCCCCCCGCAUUAUUCCAGUUAGUUGUUUUGAAUCAUAUUAUUUAGAUUAUGUUACAUAGAAAAAGCAAACCCAAUGAAAUUUAAUAAUACCAAUAAAGUUUGAAUGUUUUGGUUGUAUGUGAAUAUUUCAAAUUCCCAAAUAAAAAUAAUGAAAUAUAA